AUGCUUUCUCUUCUACUCUUUUAUAAUUGUCGUUUAACCCCCGAAUGUCAAAUCGUCAACGCUGCUUUAAACUCCGCGAUCCUUUCACCCCAAAUCGAACCAACAUCACAAUUAAACUACUUUCAAGAGCCACAGCAACAACUCUUACUUCUCCCUUCAAAUUCACCUUUACAAAUAAAUGAAAAUUCUAAUAAUAAUAAUGUUGUUGGCCUAUCUUUAGAGCAUUUAGUUAAAGUUUUGGUGGAAACAGUUAGGGAGGUGACUGGGACAAGGAAUAUUACAAGCAAUAAAAAUGAAAGGGAAGGGAAUGAGGAAAUUAUUACAAGAGACGAAACAGCUGCACAAAUACUUGAGAGGAGGAGGAAGCAGAAUAAUGCCGCCGCUGCCCGUUAUCGUCGCCGGCAACGCAAAGUAGAGAAUACAAUGCAACAAGAGUUGGCUCUUUUGGAACGUCGUAAUUAUGAAUUGCGCACCUCCAUAGCCAAUCUAAGAGCGGAGAUUGAAGCUGAAAAUUCCUUACUUAAAGCUAUUCAGAGUGGAAAAAAUAAAUAA